AUGCAGAGCUCCUUGACCGCUCAGCGCUCCUCGCUGAAGACCAAGCUGCCUGACAUCGUCUCAGCAUUAGAAGUGGUGAAACACCUGGCCUCUCGGCCACGAAGAGAAAACGCCAAGAUUCAGCGACUCUCCUCCGCAAGGCUGGCGGAGAACAUCUGGUCGAAAGCAUCAGCUGCUCCCAGUGACAAGGUGUGUUUGUGGCUAGGCGCGAAUUGCAUGUUGGAGUACCAGCUGGAGGAGGCCAUUGAACUCCUCCAAACCAACGAAAGCAAUGCACGAACCACCUUGAAAAGCUUGGAAGAGGACAUGGCCUUUUUGAGAGAUCAGAUCACCACGACUGAAGUGAACAUUGCGCGCACCCACAACUAUGGGGUGAAGUUGCGACAGGCCACCAAGGCGCUGGCGGGUUGGUAG